UACUCAUCUUCAUGGGAUUUCAUUUGUUGGAUCUUUUUUUCUAGUAGUUUCUCCAGUUCUUCAUAAUAAUUUAGUGCCUUUAUAUCUUUAAGAUCUCAGCUGAUAUGUAUAGUAAAAUGGAUCUAGAUAGUGCUGCCUGCCCAACAGAAGCUUUGUUGCCUUUACCACCUCCUCCUCCUCCAAGAAUAAAUUACUGAACAGCUGUGAACUGCUUUUUGCACCUUGACUCAGACAAGAGUGAUGUAGAAUUCACAAUUGAGUUCACAACGUUUGGAGCUGAUAUUGAUCUUACUGUGUAUUGGCCAUGUAUUUUUCUGGGGAGAUUUCUUACAAUGGUUAUAAAUUGGAAGAGUUUGUACUGCAGAAAACUUCUGCAUAUAUAAGCCAAAAUGAUCUACACAUCCCUGAAAUGACUGUUAGAGAAACACUAGAUUAUUCUUCUCGUUUCCAAGGAGUUGGAAGCAGAGCAGAGAUCAUGAUUAAGCUAAGCAGAAGGGAGAAAGAAGCAGGAAUUGUUCCUGAUCCAGAUAUAGAUACUUAUAUGAAGGCAAUUUCUAUCGAAAGUCAAAAGAAAAACCUACAAACAGAUUAUAUUCUGAAGACUCUUGGACUUGAUAUGCUGACACAUUGGUUGGUGAUGGCAUGAGAAGUGGUAUCUCAGGUGGUCAAAAGAAAAGACUGACAACAGGAGAGAUGAUUGUUGGCCCCACUAAAGCAUUGUUUAUGGAUGAAAUAUCAAAUGGAUUAGAUAGCUCAACUACGUACCAGAUUGUUGCUUGCCUUCAGCAGUCGGCACAUGUUACAGAUGCCACUAUACUUGUAUCGCUGCUUCAACCAGCGCCAGAGAUCUUUGAUCUCUUUGAUGAUAUAAUCCUGAUGGCUGAGGGUAAAAUUGUUUACCAUGGGCUCCGAAGUUCUGUCAUAGAACUCUUUGAAAGCUGUGGGUUCACUUGUCCUGAAAGGAAAGGGGUGGCUGACUUCCUCCAGGAGGCAAAUCCAUAGUAUCUGUUGCUAAAUGAUUGUCACAUUUCUUUCUGUCAAUUAGAAGCCAAUCAAAUUUUAUUGAUUAUUUUCAGGUUAUAUCGGAAAAAGAUCAAGCACAGUACUGCUUGCCAUAAUUUCAUCCAUAACGAUGACUGUAUUUUUGAGAACUCGGAUGGAUACUGAUUGGAAGUUAUUAUUUGGGAGCCUUGUUUUACACUCUCAUCAUUCUU